AUUAGACGGAGCUGUAUUGCAGUCAGAUCCAUAAAAUGAGAUGCUUAUAAGUACAGAUAAAUUAUCUACCGGCCGAGACGGGGAUAGAUAGGCGGGUCAUGUGACCACCCCCAGGUGCGGGGUGAAGGUGCGCGCGGCGCUGGGGGUAUGAACAGCUGCGUCUAUCCGAACCGCUGCAUUACGGCACUGAUAUAAGCUUUUAAUUAAAGGUUUACGCUUGGAUAUACCCCCCUGAAAGAAGACAGACAGCCAUGUCUAUCAGCCGGAAGAACUGGUCGGCUCUGUCCAGUCUGACCCGCCAGUGGACGGUGGAGGAUGAGGAGGAGGUGGAGCGUGAGCGGCGGAGGAAGAACCGGAGCCAUAGCAAUGCGACGGACCCCGACGAUGACCCCGCGGAGGCCUCGACGCCGACAGCGCUGGGCAGCACCCAGGACGGCCAGGAUACAGUGGAUCAGGCUCAGGUGGACUUCAUGGAGAUGCUGCAGGUUCGAGACGAGCGGCGGAGGAAGCGGCAGGCGGAGGUGCUGAGGCACCAGCACCUGCAGGAGGCCGGACAGGACGAGGUCACCCAGGCCAGUUCGCAGGAGGCCCGAGUGGGCGGGGAGAUGUCAGAAAGGGGGCGGAGCCUGGAAACAGCCCCAGUGUACAUGUCUGCCAACAGCACCGUGAAAAAUCAGGGAGGGAAUGCAAUACUGGGUGCGGAGCCGGGAACCCCGAAAGAAUCCUCACGCAAGUUUGUGAGCUCACUGUCCAUAUCCUUUGACAAGGGCCCCACGUCGCCCUCUGGUGGAAGCAGCCUGAGUUCUCCCAUGAGCCCAACCGGCUUCUUCAGGGCAGGGUCCCCAGACCAACCUUCUGCCACCGUCAGGAAUAAUGGAGACGCACAGGAGUGUGAGGAUGACUCUCCAUCAAAGAAUGUCACCAGCCCAAAGGAAAGGGAGCAGAAUCCAUUCAGGAGGCAGAACUACCGUGCCUGGUCCUUCAGGGUGAUGAGAAAAAAAGACGAGAAAGAGAAAAGUCUUCCUUUUCAGAGAAGUGCAAGUUUCAGAAUUUCUUCGAAUAACAUUGAAGCUGCCAAGGCCUCAAAUGAUGAAGAGGAUAAGCAAUCCCCGUUUCUAAGGAACUCAAGGCAGAGGAUCUCCUCCCGCAGCAUUCAGGAAACCAUGGAGAAGCUAGCGCUGGCUGCACAGAAAUCAGAGAAGAUCAGAUCCCCCACGGCCACGCAGCGGAGCCUGUACUCAUCAGACGAGGUCUCAAGGAAGCGUGAGAUCUUUGAGAAGGAGCAACAGGAGAGUGCAGAGCCAGACAGGGGCACCCAGCACCGGUUUAACGUGACAGUGGCCAGCAAGCGGCAGCUCUGGCAGAAGAGGGAGGAGGAGGCCUCUGCGCAGAACGGCAAGGCUCAGGAUACAAGACGCCCGCAGUUCUGAGGAGACAAUAAUGAACCCAGACGUCACGCUUGGGACGACGAGAGAUCUGACGUUUAUUCUGGGUUAUUUUCUUAUGUAUCAUGGAUAAUAUUAAUAAUUAACCUGUGAAAUCUUGCAGCAAUUGACGAAAUUUUUGAAUUAGCUAGUUGGAUGAUAUAUUUUACAGGGAUAUUUAGGCCAGUCGUCAUUCCUCCAAUAUAAAUACAUGCUAACAGAUUCAAAGAUUCUUCACAAUGGGCAAGAACUAAUAAAAUAUUUUUUCUGCAUA